AUGCCAUACCAGAGAUCUAUCAACGUAGUCGGCUGCCACUGCGCCGGCGAGGUCUGCGAUGUGAUUGUCGGUGGCGUCCUGAACCCUCCUGGAUGCACCACCAUGUACGAUAAACUUAUCCACUUUCGGGAUAAAGAAGAUCACAUACGUCAGCUUCUGAUGCAAGAGCCCCGUGGUCGCCCUGCGAUGUGUCUCAACCUCAUUCUGCCACCCUGCGAUCCGAAAGCCGACGCCGGGUUCUUGAUCAUGGAAAGUGAUGAGUACCCACCGAUGUCAGGCGGCAAUACCAUCGCUACUGCGACAGUGCUCCUAGAGACAGGAAUGGUCAAGAUGACAGAGCCCACCACCGAGAUGGUCCUCGAAACACCCGCUGGACUCGUGUCUGUCACGGCAGACUGCGAGAAUGGAAAAUGCAAGUCCAUCGCAUUUGACAAUGUUCCAUCCUUCGUGUUUGCUCUGGACUACAAAGUAAAUGUUCCCGGGAUUGGAGAUGUAUCGGUCGACAUCGCGUGGGGAGGUAUGAUCUACGCCAUCGUGGACGCAACAUCACUUGGAAUCCCUAUCAACCACGAAAACGGCCCGAAAUUGAUUGACUACGGAGAGCGCAUCAAGCAUGCAAUUCAGAAUUCCACUUUCAUUCCCGUUCAUCCCGAGAAUCCGAGCAUCAAAGGCGUCAGUAUCCUCGAGUUCACUGAGCCCCUUCAGCAGAACAAUAUGGAAGCUGUAAACACGGUUGUGGUCUCCCCUGGGCGGUUUGACCGAUGCCCCUGUGGAACAGGAAGCAGUGCAAGAAUGGCUGUGCUUCAUGCUAGGGGUGAGCUUGCUGUUGGUCAGAAGUUCACUCAUCGAAGCAUAAUUGGCAGUACUUUUGAAUGUCACAUCCGUGGGACCCAGAAGUUGGGCGGAUAUGACGCUGUACUACCCACAGUCAAAGGGAGUGCUUGGAUCAAUUCAUUCAAGCAAAUGGUUCUGGACGCAAGCGAUCCGUGGCCAGUCGGCUUUAGGGUGGGUGAUCAAUGGCAUGGCGGAGCGGUAUAA